AAAGAGGGAGGGAGGGCAGCACAAAUCAACCUGCCUCUUCUUGACUUCAGCAAACAGCACAGAGGAGCUCGCCUGUAGGCGCGGGGAUCGGGAAGUGUGUAUGCGUGUGUGUGUGUGUGUGUGCGCGCUGCGAGCUAUUUCGCAAUUCUUCUUUCUUUUCUUUUUUUCAUUUUUGGUUUAGAGGAAGGGAGGACAGCCCUGGGGAGGAACCGCGACGGCAGGGGGAACGAGCUGCCUCACCGUGAAGAUAGAUAGCAGAAAAAUGCUGUCAUGGGGAGAGAAGGAGAGCGAGUCGGCAGAGAGGAACAGGAUGGAACAAGGCAGGGUCGAGCAGGACUGAAAUGUGGAGGUGGUCAGUGGAUGUCGGCUGCAGGCGCUGGGCAGUGCACACCAGGGGAUGCCAUGUUUGACCGCUUGACGAAGGCAGCACCUCUCCGACACAGAGGGCAUAGAGACAGGCUCCAGUGAUGAUCCUCGCAUGUUUAACUCAAACUAAACGCACAUCUGCACACGUGGAUGGACCCGACCAGCGACCAACAGCGCGGUUUCCCUUCCGUCUUCAUCAUUCCCACUCAAGAACUCUUUGACGAAGUGCGGUGUCCCACAGAGGCCCCUAUGAGAGCCCAGAGAUCGAGAGAGUUCGUCCAUCUUAAGUGGUGCGAAUGAGAAAGUAAUAGUUGCUUUCACUUAGCUGGAUUUUCCAUUUUCAUACUCGGCAUUCCAGUUUCACACCAGCAUCUCAGACACCUGGAUGAAGAGUUAAGCAGGAAGCUCCAGGGAGAAGAUUGUCAGAUUAGGUUUGAUUCCUCAGGCACCAUGCAGUCAGACGACCUCUUCAUUCGCAAGUUCCGCCGCCAGAACAUGCGCCCGCCCCUCGCCACCGUCAAUUUUGACCCCAAACGGGAAGCGGGAGUGGUGGAGUGGCCUCCCAGGAGGCCCGGCGACGGCGCCGAUGCAGACUGCAGCCUCACUCCGAGCCGCGUGGGGUUGAAUCUGCGGUCGGUGGGGCGGGGCCACAUCAUGCAAAGAAGUAACAGCGAUGUAACCCUGGGAGACUUGGACUCCUCUGGGAAAACGUCAGGGAAAGUAAUCCGAGCAGCUGGUGAGAAAACGGGCACGGGGCCUCAGGGAGACUCAGGUGUGCAUCUGCACAGGGAGUACGGCAGCCUGUCGUCGCUGGAGAGACAGACUCAAGGCCAGGAGCCGUGCGGGGAGAACCACGGGCCCCUGAGUCCAAACGCUCUCCGCUUUAAAGACCCUUUCCUGCUUUUAGGCCUGGAGGGCAACCUUCCAGAGCCGGAUGGGUUCUUCCGAGAUCUGUCCAGGUCUGUCGGAGACUCCCCGAAACCCGCUAAACCGCCCAAACCUGAAGGUCUUAGUAAAAAGUCCAAACUUACGCCCUCUCAGAUCCCUCAGCCCGGCCCGUACGACCACCUGGGAGGCGGCGCGUGGGUGAGGAACUUUGCCCACUACGAUGUUCAGAGCAUCCUGUUUGACCUCACAGAGGUCGCCACAAACAGGGACAGCAUCGGUCGCAAGAAGAACAUCACCUCAGGGGCGUCGGCUGCCUCCCAGCUCCGCCCCCUGGCCCAGUCCACACCUGCCUCACCAGCACAGGGAGGCGGGGGCAGCGGAGGGAACGCCGACGACCAGGAGCAGUCACUGCUGGACGAAGGCGACGGCAACGAUAACGAGCUGCUGCUCAGCUGUCCGCACUUCCGCAACGAGACGGGAGGCGAGGAGCAGGUGGGCCUGGGGCGGUCGGCUUGCAGAACGGAGCUCUGCUCGACCCUGCGGACCCCCAACGACGCCGUGUCUGUGCUGGAGGAGCCCAGGGAGAGCAACAUCCAGCUGCAGGGGAAGAGCAACUACUUCAUAGAGCACGCAGACCUGGGAGCGCAUUACUACCGCAAAUAUUUCUACCUGAAGGAACACCAGAACUUCUUUGGGAUUGACGACCGCCUCGGCCCUGUGGCCAUCAGCUUCCGCCGGGAUGAGAAAGAGGGCUCCAGCGGAGCUCAGUACAAUUACAGAAUCAUCUUCCGCACCACAGAGAUGAAGACGCUUCGAGGCUCCAUCCUGGAGGAGUCCGUGCCGUCGGCCGCCCGUCACACAACCCCGAGGGGCCUGUCCCCCAAGCGGCUGCUGGAGUUCAUCAUGCCUGAGCUCAACCUGCACUGCCUCCGCCUGGCUUCCAACUCCCCGAAGGUCCGGGACACGCUACUCAAGCUGGACGAACAGGGGCUGAACUUUCAGAGGAAGGUCGGAGUGAUGUACUGCCGCGCCGGACAGAGCUCCGAGGAGGACAUGUACAACAACGAGAGCUCCGGCCCAGCGUUCGAGGAGUUCCUUGAUCUGCUCGGAGAGCGGGUGCGGCUGAAGGGCUGGGAGAAAUACCGAGCUCAGCUGGAUAACAAGACCGACUCCACCGGAACGCAUUCCCUCUACACGCGCUACCAGGACUACGAGAUCAUGUUUCACGUGUCGACCAUGCUGCCCUACACGGCCAACAACACGCAGCAGCUGCUGAGGAAGCGACACAUCGGAAAUGACAUUGUGACCAUCGUGUUCCAGGAGCCAGGCGCUCUGCCCUUCACUCCGAAGUCCAUCCGCUCACAUUUCCAGCAUGUCUUCAUCAUCAUUCAGGUUCACGAGCCCGGCACCGACCACGCCUACUACAGAGUGGCUGUGACACGCUCCAAAGACAUCCCGUUGUUUGGGCCCCUGUUCCCCAGGGGCGCCCGGUUCCCUCGCUCGCCUGCCUUCAGAGACUUCCUCCUGGCGAAGGUGGUGAACGCAGAGAACGCCGCAGAGAAAUCGGAGAAGUUUCGCUCCAUGGCCACGCGCACUCGGCAGGAAUACCUGAAGGACCUGGCGGAGAACUACGUGACCACUACCCCCAUCGACUCCUCCACCAAGUUCCCCCUCCUCUCUUUGGGGAGCAAGCGGAAAGACAAGAUGAAGGGCGCGAAAGGCGCCGAGCUGCACAGCGCCGGAGCGCUGGUGUGGGCGGUGAUGGUCAGCUGCAGAGAUGACUCGGAGGCCGGUGAGCAGCAGAAGUUCCCCUGUCUGCUCGGGGUGUCGGCGGAGUCGGUGGUGCUCAUCGAGAGGGGCAGCCGCAGGGUGGUGUUCAACUGCUCCUGUCGAGACGUCAUCGGAUGGAAGGCGGUGACAGAAACGAAGGACGGGGGGCCGUGUUUGGACAUCUUCUAUGAACGCGGGGAGUCCGUAUCGAUCAGCAUGUUGGAGAGUCAGACAGAGGACAUAAAAGAAGUGGUGCAAAGGCUUGAGCUGGUGACGCGGGGCUGUGAGGCGCUGGAGGUCACCCCGCUGCGCGACGGAGUGGGGCAGCCCGGCUUCCUCAUGAACGAGGAGGGCUUCGUGACGGACCUGCAGAGGUUCUGCUACGCCGAGAGCGGAGGCCUGCAGCUGUGGGCUCGCGUGGUGAGGCUGUGUGGACAUUCCCUGGUCCACUUGAGCCCCGAGGAGAGGAGCAGGCUUCUCCGCACGGCACACAAGAUCCACAUCACCGUCAUCCCACCGGAUGAGAACGGCAAACCUCGCAGAAGUUUCUCUGAGCUCUAUCAGAAAGCCAUCAAGGAUGCGGAGUGCAAGUCCGGCGAGGAYAAGUCGGGAGUGGCCUGGGUGGUGGAUGAGAGGGAAGACGAGAGGGAGGAGCAGGAGCAGAAGGUGGAGGAGGAGCAGCUGAAGGCGGACAGGGUCGACGAGGAGGAGGAAGAUCAGCUCGCCGAGGAUGAGCUGAAGAUGGACGGCGGCGGGGGGCAAAACGAGGAGAAUCCCUGCCCGCUCCUCGCACCGCCCGCCUUACCUUUGCUGAGGGCUACGUCUCUGCAGGACCAGCCAGCCAAUCAGAGCGAAGAGAUCAGCAUCUCUCAGCUCACCCGCAGCGUUUCUCUGGAGAAGCAGCUGUCCUACACAGACACCUGUGAUGAACACGUGUACGACAACGUGACGAUGAAGGAGAAACGUCACAUCUACGAGAACGUCGGGGAGCUGAUGGACGCCACGCCUGACCUGAUCCUGGCCGUUAAGCCCAAAGUCCCCCCAGAAGACGAGCAGUUCAUGGCCACUAACUUUGGCGAGGACAAAGCUUCAGCGAGUGACUCGUCCCUGUCAUCUUCCCGGCUAUCGAGUGUAGACCGAGCGGAAAGAAACUCACGAGCCCUCAGUCUGCAUAACUCCAUCACCAAGAUUCUCUCUGAGACGACAGAUUCGACAGAUGAGGAGUGGCAGUCCAUUGCUGACCUGGCGACAGCCUGCCGCAGCAUCCUGGAGGCUUUGUCCAAAGAAGACCGCAAAGCCGGGGAUUCCUCUCAAGGUGGAGCUGAUCAGACAGACGGCAAACUCAAAGACUCAAAGGACAGCGACUCUCCGGGCCACCUGGAGGAGAAGGUGUCGCAGCUGGAGGCCAUGCUGAAGAAGCUGCAAGACGACCUGCAAAAGGAGAAAGAGGACAAGGCGGUGCUGCAGGCCGAGGUGCAGAGCCUCAGGCAGAACAACCAGCGGCUGCAGGAGGAGUCGCAGAGCACAGUGGCCCGCCUCAUCAAAGUCACUGAGCUGCUGUGCAACGUCAACAAGCCCUGUUAGGUCCCCAUGAUGCAAAUCCCGCUGAGCGCCUCCAUGCCCAACAACGUUCUUUGAUCGUGUAUAGAUAGCUGCAAAAGUAAACACACAGGCAAGUGUGGUCCUGCCUGCUGGGGAGGAAGUAUGCAAAAGAGACAAAAAAAAAAAAAAAGUAUAGACUGACCUUCACAGGCUGCUGUAGAGUGCUUCUCUUGGUGUGUGGGUGUGUGUGUAUGCGUGUGUGUAUGAUUGUUUUUCUUGCUUCAAAUACUUGACAAGCUCUGCUAAGUAGCACUUACAGGAGAGGUUUCAAUUAAGACAGACAGACAGACACUGCAUAGCAUGCUUUGUGGUGUCUAAUGGACAAAAUGACCAAAAGUGUAUAAAACAUAGUAAGCAGUAUCAGCGGUAAUAUAUGUGAACAGUAGUGAAGCUACAUGUAGUCGCAGGGUCUGAGUGUGUUUUCUGCCUGGCACUGACAGGAAGGUUGGCCUGAAAUUAAAACACACAUGAAUAUUUGAAUUACUGCAGGCGGCCUUCUACUUAGAAACAUGUAACGAUGCUCACUGAGGGAGGUCUGUUACGUAAGGACAUUAUCCUCCAUCUUCACUUCUUAGUCGUACUGUAUUUAGGCAAUUCUGCUUUUAGGAAACAAAGCUGGAAAAUAAGGGGACUGAAAACAGAGAUUCAAGCUGCUUGUUUCUUCUGGGGUGUUUUUCUUUUUUUUUUGGGAAUUGAAAAAAAAAAAAAGCAGCAUAAAACUCAGACUCUGGCAGGAACGAACUGCUUCAGCUUCCUUCCAUGACUGCCUGUAGCUGUUUUAUCUUCUAACCUCACUAUUGUAGCAGCCAUAACUGUAGAAGAUCGCCUCCUGCUGGCCUGAACUGCAGCUCUUAUUUUUCAGCCCGCAAAAUAGCUUUAGGUGUGAGAACGAGCAACCUGGACUGAUGGUGAAAUAAUGCAGAAAACUGUAUUUAAAGACAUUUUUGUUUGUGUUUCAUUGUUUUUGUUUUGUUUUCUGAUGUAACUAUUCGGGUAAUUGUUUGCUUUAGCUGGAGAGUGGCAGAAGUGCAUUGAAAUGUCCUUAAUUAGAGAUGCACCAAAAAAAAAACGAUUCACCAAACUGUGAUCACAAUCAAAUGAGUUUGAUAUUUACCAAACUUGACUGGUGACCAGCCUGUUAAAACCUCAGAAAUGCAACAUUUUUCCAAUCAACGAAUGCAGCUAAGGGCUAACAGAUCUCACUAGCAUMACUCUUCAGUGUGGAAGUUGUCACUGACCGAAUGAUAAUCAAAGUUARCUAYUGUCAGUGUCAACKAGGCGUUUGAAAGUAGGCGGAGGAACCGCAGAGGUACAGGAAGCUGUUUAAAAUGGAAACGUGACAUCUGGUGCUUGCAUUUCACUCCACYAUGGUUGUUUUCAAACUCGACUUUUUUGGGCGCAAAAAUGAGCCGUUUGCUAUGAAAGGUCGACUCACAAGAGGAAUGUUGUUUCAAGCUGAUAAAAUGUUAAACUGACUAAAGCUCGACAUCAGUCGGAAGUUUUAUUGUUUGUUUUAUUAAUUUGAGCUUUCAGCCUGUCUGUCAGGGAACAUGCUGGAUUUGGAAAUGUUGCCAGCGGAAAUUUCUGAUUUCAAAUUGGUGUCUGCUCUCCCCGGCGCUGUGGUUCUCAAACUAAAACCUGCUGAUGCCGCGUUUAUUUCACCUCUUAAGUCAGAASUCGGAGCUGGGAAUGUAAUCAAAGACAACCACAAGUUUCAAGCUGAAAAAGCAGCUUGAUUUGCUUGUKGUAACCACGGUUACUGCUUGUGGCAACGCAGUAUAAACAACAACAUGUUCGUAUAUAAUUUGCCGCUACGUGUUCACUUGAGGAGGUUGUGAUGCAGUUUUAAGAAAAUCCAUGUCAUCAGAGGCGCAAAUAAAGUCAUUUUUAUUGCAGCUGCUGGUGGAUUUUAUAUGCAAUUAAGGCGACCAUUUUGUUUUCAGAGGCCGGAGCUGUUGAGACACCUCAGUUUCUGACUUGUAAUUCUAAUUUAACGGCCUGUUUGUUAAUCUGUCUGGCUUCAAACUGAUUUUUCAACGUCUGUGCUCUGGAUGAGAAAGAAAAUGUUUCUUUGUUGUUUUUUUAUGACAACACAUCAAACUGAAAAGUACAAUUGCUGCUGCACUAUUUUAAAACGUCAUUUUGUGUGGAAAAACUUAGUAAUGUCUACUAUCUGUAACAGUAAUUGCUGUUUUUAUUCUAAAACGUUUGAGAAUCACCGCUAUAGGGAAUGCAUAGAGGCUGCUGUUCGCAUUUAUGUUCAUCGUCAUAAAAUUAAAGACAUUUUUAAACAUCAACACUAAUUUUCGGCUGUUUCAMAGUGGCAGACAGGAGGACAGCUCCCAGAAGAGACUGAUUUYAGUAAUGCUAGCCAUGCUAACCCAGCUAAUCAACUAAUCAAUCAAGUUUAUUUGUAUAUUUCAGCAACAAGGCAGCUCAAAGUGCUUUACAUCGUAAAAACGCAAUUAAAAUUCAACAAAUGAGAAACCAGAUAGAUGUUACAUUUUAAAAUGAUUAAAAAUAUCAAUAUACAUUGGUUGGUCAAUGUUCAAUUUAUUGUGGUUCAAAAGCAACUCUAAACAUGCAGGGUUUUAGCCUUGAUUUAAAGGAGCUCAGGGUUCCAGCUGCUUCGCAGUUUUCUGGACGUUUGUUCCAGAUUUGUGGUGCAUUGAAGCUGAACGCUGCUUCUAAAUGCUAAUUGUUAAUUUAUGAUUGUUAAUGUUAAAUGGCUUCUCUCUCACACACACACACACACGCACUGGGAUCUUUUUUCUACUUUUGAUUAUUAAUGACGACUCAAAGCAGAAAAGUUUGACGACGCAAAACCAUAAUUUUCUCAACGUUUUGUCACGCUAACGUUUCUGAGUUUGACCCCCCACUACGUACCUUCACUCAAACAUUUCCUCCAUUUUGGUUGGCGGGUUUUUGUUGCUUUGUAUUUUCUACAAUAGUGAAGAUUAGUGUGGUUUAAUUCUGUUCCCUAAUUCCUUCUGGUUGAUAUAGUUUGACUUUAAAAUUUGACUUUAAGUCAUUGGUUGUCAAAGCGGUAAUAAAUACCCUUCUGUUGUUCAGGAGCCAUUUUGUUCACAAAACAGUCGACUUUAAAGCAACCAAUAUCCUAAAGGUACGAAAUGCCCAACUGACCGGCAUUCUCCACUCACAGCAGGAAAUCUAAAGGUAGCUAUUUUGAGGAGUCCUUUUUCGUAUAUAUUCUCAUACGAUAGUUUUUAAAGAGAAACUGGAAGUUGACCAUAGUUAUCCAGUCGGUGCAUCUCUAACCUAAAUGUACGCUUGUGUGCUUACGUGUCAUUCCUGCACCUUUGCUUCUGUUAGUGUAACACUGGACAUGCCACACACCGAACUCCAUUCAGCCUAGCCUAAAAUUAUAAGAUUAUAUCUUGGUCAACAUAAGAAGGUGCAUAAGAUCUGAACUCCAGCCCUGAUGCUCACCUUCCCUCAUUAAUGCAUCUCCACUGCUGAUGGAGUCGGUGUGUUCAGAGUUGGACUGCCAACAAACAACCGACCCACAAACUGAUAAACUGAACUCUCACAAACACACACACACACACACACACAUAAAAAAAAAGCGAUGCAAAACAUCACUCAAGACUGCUGUUUCUUUUUUUUAUUUCUUGUACAAACUUCCUGUAAUUUUCUUUUAGAGUCACUGUGAAUAACUGGUACCAGCAUACGAGGAGUGAGUUAGGAAGCUAAACGUCGGUGCACUGAGCAUGCUCUCCUUUUUGCAGGACGAUUGGCGCUAAUCGGAGGCUCCGUUAUUUAAAGGGAGUGGCGUACGAGGGGAAAGACCUGUUUUACUGUGUCUUGUAUAUUUAUUUAGAUUGUAGGAGACUCUGGUCGAGCAUGACAACGUGCCAAGCGACUUCCAAGCCUCCCCUGCUGUAUGUGUGUAUGUAUUAAAAAAAUGUAACGUAUUAAUAAUGCAAAUGUGGACUUUCUUGUAGCUGUUCAAACUGGAUUGAAGGUGUAAAAAAAAAAAAAAAAAAGGAAAAAAAUAAGAAAUGUGAACUAUGGUGGAGAAAACGUGAGUUAUAAACUUUGCUUUACUUUUCUAGACAACAAAUUGCUAUGAUGUAAAAUGAAGUGAUAAUUGCUGAGACAUAAUGUAAUUAUAAGUGAUAAUAUUAUUCUGGGAUUGAAUUAUUUAACAACUUGAAUAUGGUCAUCGGGUAUGCCUUAAUGAAUGGAUUCUCUCUUCCUUAAUGGAACUGGUCUAACUGGUCAUACUGGCAUAAUGUGAAAGCUUACUCUUGACUUUGUGCCUACCUUUGUUUUGUUGUUGCUUUAUCCUUUUACAUUUGGUUGCACUUACUGGUUUUAUAUUAUUAUAAUAUUUUUUAUAUAAUUUAAAGCAGAUUUUUAUUUUUAUUUUUUGGCAAAUGAACAUUUCCAGGACCAUCACAACAUCUGGCUUUUCAUUUGGUGUGAUGAAAAGUCAUCGGGUGCCACGUUUGAAGUUCAGAUUGUUUAAAAAAAAUAAAAUACUUUUCUUUUUUUUUUUUAAGAAAAAGUAAAUUUAAAAGGAAACGGUCCUGAAAAUGAUGGUUGAGUGGAAAUGAAUGGGUUGUGCUUCCUCACAAGGUAUUUAAAUGUUCCUGUAUGAGUUGUCUAUGGAAAUAAAACAAUAAAAAUGAAUAAAACUAGGAGGAAAAAGUGAAGGAUUUGGGCAUCACAUGCACUUUCUUGACCUAAGUUGGAAGUGCAGCAGGUUAAACCUAGUUACAUGUAAAGUCUAUACAGAUGCUUGACAAAUACCCCCAAAGCAGAUUAUACUAAGACAUUUGUUUAGCUGACUUUGAGAUAUGAUGGAGUGAUUGUGGAGGAUGUUUGUCGUUCUUAGAUUAGUUGGGGGGGGGAAAAAUCUAGCAGGUUUGGAGUUUUAAAAAAAAUGAAAUAAAAGCAUCUAAUUACAGGUGGCUAUAGAUCUCCAGAACCUAAGAUGUACUGUUUAUGUAAUUUAAGUGAAUCUUUAGUUUUCAUCUGUUCACCCUGUGGCUCUGUUUACUUUUCAUGAAGCAGAGAAUAAUUAAAACACAAGUUUAAACAGCUA